AUGGCUGAACCUGAGGCACCAGCUGCACCAGCAGACUCUGCUGAUGAUCUGAGAAGGAGGAGAAUGGAAAGGUUUCAACAGUUGGAGUUACAGGAGCAACAACUUCAAAUGCAACAGCAACAGCAACAGCAACAAAAGUCACCAUCACCCCAAGCACCAUCAUCACCUGUUCACAAACCUGUUGUUGCAGCUACAUCACCAACUGCUACAACUACAACCACAACUAAGAGCACUACAUCACCUGCUGCUACUGCAGCUGCUGUUACACCAUCAAAGCCUGUUACACCAACUCAAGUCAAGAGUCCACAAGCACCAAAGAUUGUUCAAUGUGAUGUGCCAAUGACAGAGUCAGACUAUUUCGUCCUCGAGAAGAUACUAUUAAUCUACUUGAAGCCAACUAAUGAGAACAAAGCAGUAUAUCUUCAAUCAAUGGCUAAUGACUUGAAGAAUGAGAUGCAAAGCAAUGGCACAAGUUGUUUGAAGUUGGACAGUGAGUUGUUGGACAGGUUCAUCGUGGAGCGAUUGUCGACACAGACCAACUAUCCAGCGGUGGAAUACUUGAUCGGUUGUUACAAUCGCGCAAAGACAGAGUGUAGGAAGAAGAAUAGAUUCUUCACGAUCGACGCCACACUCGAGACCAAUCUGACCGAGCUGGUCAUUCGCUACUUGGGCAUCGUGUUGACCAUCCCCGACAUGUUCCAAAACUCCACCAGCAUCCAUGGCAAGGGACCCAUGCAGCUACUGCCCCAUCUCAACGGUGACAGUGUCGAGGAGAUAACAUACGAGUUCCUUCAAUCAUUCUUGGAGCUCUAUCAAGAGGAUAAGAGACAGAUCUUCGAGCCACUGUUCACACAGAUAUCGACCAAGAUGGUGCAACUCUCAUUGAUUGGCAACUUCAUGCCAUACUUCAAGGCCUUCUCUACACUCAUCCAAUUCAAACAGAUUGCAGACAUUUUUAUAACAUCACAAUACUGGAAUCCACCACAGAACAAUGGAGCUCAGAUGGAGAAUGCAACAUUGUUGGGAGCAUUCUUUGCACCGAGCGCAAUAUCAAAGGAUAAUGUCAUAUUGAUGCACUACUUUAAGAACGCAUCAGAGAUGAAUCAGACCAAUAUCAGGGAUGCAUUCACAUCCAUUCAAGCAUUGCUGAAAACCUAUCAUGCAGGUGUUCAUCAGCUGGUUCGCUCUUUGCUCAAGUCAUCGCCCGAGGCCAAGGAAGCCUUCCUCGUAUGGAUAUGCUCAGCGAUCGACAAGAACUUUGGCCGCACCAAGUUGAACGUUGACGCGGCCACCACGGCCUCGGACGGCUUUGCCCUCAACCUCUGCGCCGUGAUGAUAUUGUUGUGUGAGGCGUUUGUGGACGUCACCUUCUCCAAGGUGUCUUCGGUCGACACCAACUUCCUCCUGGACAGUCCAAGACAUAACCUCACAGAGUACACACGUCUGAUGGCCACCUCUGACGAGGUUCAAGAGUGGAAGGAGAAGAAGCUCCUCAUACCCACCCUCCCAGCCAACUUCAUCACCGAGUGUUUCUUUGUCGCUCUCCGAUGUAUCCACAUUGGUCUUAACUCAUCAUUCACAAAGAUCAAGAAUAUUACAAGGAAUCUAGACUAUCUUGAGGGACAGAAGAGAACACUCGAGGAGACAAAGUCAGCAUGGCAAAAUACUCCACAAGGUCGCCAGAAUGAAGCCCGUCUCCAAAUGUUGAAGAAACAGGAGGAUCACAUCAAGGGUCUUCUCUUUGCAUCAGAAGCUCAGUUGUUCGAGACAACCUUCCUCCAGAAGACAUCCUACUUCCUGAUCUUCACUUGCAAGUGGCUUCAAAAGGUCAUCAAUCCAACAAACCAAAAGCUUCCACUCCCUCCAACUCCACCUCCACAGUUUGCAGCAUUGCCAGAGUUCUGUAUUGAGGAUGUUGUGGACUUCUUUGAGAGUGUAUCAAUGUACGCUUCACACGAGCUUGAGCGUCUACCAUUGGAGCACUUGAUGGACUUCCUCAUCACUGUGUUGGCCACACCAGAGUACAUCAAGAACCCAUACCUCAAGGCCAAGAUCGUAGAGAUCAUCUCUCGCUUCCUGCCCCAGAAGAACCGUCCAAACAACGACCAUCUGGUAUCACUGUUUGAGUGCAGCGAGUUGGUCAAGGACAACCUGAUCCCCGCCCUGAUGCGCUUCUACGUCGACAUUGAGUUCACAGGCUCGCACAACCAGUUCUAUGAGAAGUUCAACUAUCGUUACCAGGCCAGCAGCAUGCUCACCUACCUCUGGGAGAACCCGUUCUUUAAGAACAAGAUCAUUGCCGAGACGCGCAAGCCAGAGUCAUUCCUGCGUUUCAACAACAUGGUGCUCAACGACUCGAUCUAUUUGCUGGACGAGUCUCUGGCCAAGCUUGCUGAGAUCAGGAACUGCCAGGCGAUGUUUGAGGACCCCUCGUGGCAGACCAUGCCAGAGGAUCAGAAGCGUGAGAAAGUCGAAGGAUUCCAUCGUUACGAGAGUAUCGCCCGUUCCAGUCUCCAACUGGGUGGUAACAACAUCAACAUGUUGCGCUUCCUCUCCCAAAAGGUGAUUGAACCCUUCAUGCGUCCAGAGAUCUUGGACCGUAUUGCCGCAAUGAUGAACUACUAUCUCUCCCAACUCGUUGGACCAAAGUGUACAGAGCUAAAGGUCAAGGAGCCAGAGAAGUAUGCAUUCAAUCCAAAGCAGUUGCUUCAGCAACUGACUGAUAUCUAUGUAUAUCUGUCAAAGGAUGAGCGAUACAUCAGAGCACUGGUAAGGGAUGGCCGUAGUUUCAAGAUUAGUAUGUUCCAGACUGCCGACAAGAUCAUGAGGAGAGAGAGAUUGAAGAGUGAGGACGAUUUAGAUCGCUUCAGCGAUUUGAUCAAGAAGCUGGAGAAGGCACACCAGGAGGAGGAGCAGGAAGAGGAGGAUCUUGGCGAGGUGCCCGAUCACUUCCUGGAUCCAAUCAUGAGCACUAUUAUGCGCGACCCAGUCCUGUUGCCCACUAGCAAGAACAUCAUUGACCGAUCCACUAUCGUGCGUCAUUUGCUCAGCGACCAAACCGACCCAUUCAAUCGAAACAAGCUCACUGAGGACAUGCUCUUACCUGCCACUGAGCUAAAGGAGGAGAUUGAGGCUUGGAUCAAGUCAAAGAAGCAGGCCAAGAUGCAGCAAUAA